UUUUGGCAUGAGCACUAUGGCUGGCAAACCCCAUGGGAAGCUGGACUGCCUGGCAGGUGACACCCACCUGGGCAGGUAUAAAUAGCCACCAGCAAGGACAGCCCGCUACACUUUGAUUUCCUGAGUCUCGCUGUGCACAGCUUCGCACCUGGGGCUGACUACUGAACAGCUGAUCCUUUCACCAUGAGCUGCAGCAUCAAGAGAACGUCCAGCACCUCGUACCGCAGCGGAGGAGGAGGUGGCGGUGCCUGCGGGGGCAGCGGCGGCCGCAGCUCCUCCGUGUCCUGCCGGCGCUACGCCUCCUCCGUCAUCGGCGGGGGCAGCUACGGCGGCGGCCUCAGCAUGGGCAGCAUGGGCGGCAUGGGCAGCAUGGGCGGCAUGGGCAGCAUGGCCGGGGGCUUUGGCGGGGGCUUUGCGGGCAGCUGCGGCCCCAGCGGGGACCUGCUGCUCAGCGGCAAUGAGAAGGUCACCAUGCAGAACCUCAACGACCGCCUGGCCUCUUACCUGGACAAGGUGCGGAUGCUGGAGGAAGAGAACGCUCAGCUUGAGCACCACAUCCGGGAGUGGUACAGGAAACAAGCGCCCAGCGUUUCCAAGGACUACAGCUCCUACUACCAGACCAUCGAACAACUCCAGAAUCAGAUUAUUUCUGCCACUGUGGACAACAACAGAAUGCUUCUGGACAUUGAUAACAGCAAGAUGACUGCUGAUGACUUCAGAAUGAAGUACGAGAAUGAGCUGGUCAUCCGUCAGACCGUGGAGGCUGACAUCAAUGGCCUGAGAAAUCUCAUGGAUGACCUGACUCUGGUUAGAUCUUCACUGGAAUCUGAGCUGGAGUCCUUGAAGGAUGAGCUGAUUGCUCUCAAGAGAAACCAUGAGGAGGAAAUGAGGCAGCUCCAGUCCCAAACUGGUGGCGAUGUCAGCGUGGAGGUCAAUGCUGCCCCUGGACAAGACUUGACAAAGAUCCUGAAUGACCUGAGAGAUGAAUAUGAGCAGAUCAUUGAGAAGAACCGCAGGGAGGUGGAGCAGUGGUAUGAAGUCAAGAUCCAAGAAGUCAACCAGCAGGUCACUUCCAGCAGCCAGGACAUCCAGACCAGCAGCCACCAGCUGAGCGAGCUGAGGCGCGAGAUGCAGAACCUGGAGAUCGAACUGCAGGCACAGCUCAGCACGAAAAGCUCUCUGGAAAACUCCCUGGCAGAAACCGAGUCUCGCUACGGAUUCUUGAUGCAGCAAAUCCAGGUGCAGGUCAACUCCGUGGAGGAGGAGCUGGCCAGCAUCCGCUGUGAGAUGGAGGGGCAGAGCCAGGAGUACAAGAUGCUCCUGGGGAUAAAAACUCGUCUGGAGCAGGAGAUCCAGCAGUACCGGGCACUGCUGAAUGAGGGGCAGCAGGAUCUUGUUGCCUCCCAAGGAGCUUUCCAAGGAGGUGGAAAAUCCUCCCAGUCAUAUUCUGCUUCCUUCUCUCAUUCCCAGUGUGGAGAAAUGUCAGGGCAGUCAAGAGUGUGCUAGAGCAGCAGGAGAGACCCUGGCACUGCCCGGCUGCGACGAGAGACACCCGCGAGUUUCUGCAGCACGGCCGAGGGAAGGGUUUGGAAGAGCCUGGUCACCUGCCCCAGCACCCCCUCCUCCUGCCUGCAAUGCUUGGCUUACUCAACUUGUCUUUGGCAACUCAUUCUUUGUCAAAGAGCUUACACUCUGCUGGUAACUCUGCUCUAAUAAAUCUUUAUGUCUGCAAUUCAAA